AGUUUGAAAAUUUGUUAGAACCUUCAAACCAACCACUUGAACAUGAAAAUCCGACAGAAGAUAAGAAAUCUUUUGAACAUAAAACCUUACAAGAACAUGAAACUUCACAAGAAUGCAAAACCUCACAAGAGUGUGAAAUAGCACAAGAAUGUGAAACUCUACAAGAACAAAAAACCUUCCAAGAAUAUGAAAACUUACCUGAAACAUCUGAAAGCAGCAAUCAUAAUAAUGGUAUAUGUUAUACACAAGUUUUUACUUGUGACCAUUAUGGAUUCUUCAAACCAAAGCUCAAGGAUUCUAAUAAAAAAUCAAGGAAUGUAGAAUCAAAAAAGUAUGGUUGUUCAUGGUUUAUUCAUCUCAACCACAACCAAGAUGAUGAUAAAUAUUAUAUUUCACAAGCUACUCUUCACCACAACUACCCAUUGAUUUCUCUACAGCUUAUGCAUAUCUCACCUUCGAGCUGUGAAAUAUCUAUGUAUAUUAAGGAAGAAAUAUUACUCUCAAAAAAAGCAGAUAUUUCAAUGACACAAAUUCAGUUAUUACUUGUUAUAAAAUAUGGACCAGCCAUGAAAAAAUGGAUAAUUCGAGAUCAAAAACAUAGAGAUGAUCCUGAGUUUUCUUUUGAGUUUGAGUUGGAUCAUGAUAAUUACUUGAAGUAUGUUAUUUGGGCAUAUUCAUUACAAAAAUGA